CGUGCGCGCUCUGGGCUGCGUGACGUGUAUGCGUGCGCGCGCGCUCUGGAGCGGAGGGAAGAUGGCGGAUGUUUAUAGUGUGAAUCUGGAUGGGAGCAGCUGAUGCAAAACACAAACAUCAGUCGCAGAAAUUAAAGAGAAUAAACUCACCGAGCACAGACAGACAGACAGAUCCACUGUCAGACAGACAGCAUCAUGUCUCGCUGCUCAGACGGUGAAGACAGCGGUUUUGUUGGCAUGGACACCGAGGACAGUGUUGAGACGGCGGACAGCAGGACGAGAGCAGCGGCGAGCGCUCACAGUAUGGGUGAACUGCCAGAGGAAGUGCUGGAGUACAUCCUCUCCUUCCUGUCUCCAUAUCAAGAGCACAAGACUGCCGCCCUGGUGUGCAAACAGUGGUAUCGCCUCAUUAAAGGUGUGGCGUAUCAGUGUUAUCACGGUUUCCUGCGAGCCGUUCAGGAGGGAAACAUCCAAUGGGAGAGCAGAACUUACCCCUAUCCUGGAACACCAAUUACACAACGAUUCUCACACAGUGCGUGUUAUUAUGACUCCAAUCAGUCCAUGUACGUGUUUGGCGGCUGCACUCAGAGCAGCUGUAACGCCGCGUUUAAUGACCUGUGGAGACUCGACCUCAACAGUAAAGAGUGGAUCCGUCCGCUCGCGUCAGGUUCAUACCCGUCUCCUAAAGCGGGAGCAACUAUGGUGAUGUAUAAAGAUCUGUUAGUGCUGUUCGGCGGCUGGACGCGUCCCAGUCCAUAUCCUCUCCAUCAGCCCGAGAGAUUCUUCGAUGAAAUACACACAUACUCCCCGUCAAAGAACUGGUGGAACUGUAUCGUGACGACUUACGGGCCGCCGCCCAUGGCAGGCCACUCCUCCUCUGUGAUUGGCAGCAGUAUGGUGGUGUUUGGAGGAUCUCUGGGCACGCGGCAGAUGAGUAAUGAGGUUUGGGUUCUGGAUCUGGAGCAGUGGACCUGGUCUAAACCCAACAUCAGCGGCCCGUCUCCACACCCGCGAGGAGGACAGUCUCAGAUCGUGAUUGACAGUGACACUCUGCUCAUUCUGGGCGGCUGCGGAGGUCCGAACGCCUUACUGAAGGACGCGUGGCUGCUGGACAUGAGCGCCUCCAGCUGGACGUGGCAGCAGCUGCGAGUGGAGAAUGAAGAUCACGGAGCGCCAGAGCUGUGGUGCCAUCCAGCCUGCAAGGUGGGUGAGUGUGUGGUGGUGUUCUCUCAGGCUCCGUCAGGUCGCGCUCCUCUCAGCCCGAGUCUGAACUCUCGCCCAUCACCCAUCAGCUCAACGCCCGCUCCGCUCGGCCCCGACCCGCCCUCCCUGCGCUCACAGUCACCGGUGCGCAGCAGUGCCACAGGUGUGGUGCUGGGUGUGGUCGAAGAGGCGCCAUGUGUGAACGGCCGAUGGGGGACGCUGCGCCCAAGAGCAUCGGCAAGAGCGAGAGAUGGAAGUCCGUCAUCAUCGCAGCAACAGUCGCCCUCGCGUGGACCAGACAGCCCGCCGCUGCUCAAUGGCAUCUCCCCCUCGCCGUCCACCAGCCCCAUCCAGAUGGCAUCUCCGCCUGCCCGACCACACGCUCACGUGCCUGCGGACUACAACUGGGACGAGCCGGCAAGCUCUAACGGGCUGCACACACCUCCGCAGUCUGUGUCUCCGUGCACCCCGCCGGGUGCGAUAUCUCCCGCAGCGCUGCGCAGAGGCCUCGAGGCCGUUAAAGCUUCUUCGUCACUCCCAACCUCGUCCUCACCGUCCCAGCCAAGCACCUCCGCUUCCGGCGGCACACCCCCCGCCUCCUCGAGCCCGCCGCAGGCCGCUGUGGCCGACGGACACUCCAUUCCGCCGAUCGCAAGGCGACUCACCCAUCACCCGCCGCAGAGUCUGAACGUGGGCAAGCCGCUGUACCAGUCGCUCAACUGCAAACCCAUGCAGAUGUACCUGCUGGACAUUUCACGAGCCAAGUCAGACGUCGUGGUGUCGUGGCGGGUGUACGGUAGCGGCGGUGCGCCAAGCGCUGUCACGGGACCACCAGAGACGAGCCUUCACACGGUUGUACAGGGGCGCGGAGAGCUCAUCAUCUUCGGUGGGCUCAUGGACAAAAAGCAGAAUGUGAAAUAUUACCCCAAAACCAACGCCUUGUACUUCGUCCGCGCUAAGAGGUAAUGGACAAGCGCGAGGCGCAUUUAGCACUCUGAAGAUUCCCACAGACUGACGUAUUUAACUGGAUGACUUUUGACCUUACACUAAUUUACCUUAAAAUACAGCGCAACAUAUAAAGGACACUCGAACAUAGUCGUUGUUUCAAUUUAUGAGUGAAUGAUGUUUUUGCAGCAUGCUUUGCGAGUGUGUGUGUGCGUGCUCUGCAAGUGUGUGUGUUUCCGUGCUCUGCAAGUGUGUGUGUGUGUGUGCGUGCUCUGCAAGUGUGUGUGCGUGUGCGUGCUCUGCAAGUGUGUGUGUGUGUGUGUGUGUGUGUGUGUGCGUGCUCUGCGAGUGUGUGAGAGAUAUUGAAGGGAAUGUUUAUGUUUCUAUUGUAUUUGACUUUCAGAAAUUCUGAUCUGACUGAAGGAAACAAUUGAGGAACUGAAAAAUAUCAACUUUUUUACCCUCUUAAAGGCCAUUGUUUACAUUAAACGUGUGUGUGUGUGUGUGUGUGUGUGUGAGAGAGACUGUGCAUGUGUGUGCAUGUGAGACUGCGUGUGUGUGAGACUGUGUGUGCGUGUGUGUGUGUGUGUGUGAGUGUGUUGUGGGUGGGUGUGUGUGUGUGUGUGAGAGACUGUGUGAGACUGCGUGUGUGUGAGACUGUGUGUGUGUCUGUGUGUGAGUGUGUUGUGGGUGGGUGGGUGUGUGUGUGUGUGAGACUGUGCAUGUGUGUGUGUGAGAAUGUGCAUGUGAGACUGCGUGUGUGUGUGUCUGUGUGUGAGUGUGUUGUGGGUGGGUGUGUGUGUGUGAGAGACUGUGUGAGACUGCAUGUGUGUGUGAGACUGUGCGUGCGUGUGUGUGUGUGUGCUAUUGAGGGAAUGAGAUUAUGUAUUAUAAGUGGAAAUAAAGCUCUCCAUGUCUUAACUCUGAUUUAAUGUUGCAAGAGAUUUUACUCUUUGUGUCACAUAUGAAUAAAGAUCAUGUAUAACAUCACCUGAUCCCAACAUAAAGCAACAUUCAACACCCAUUUUACUUUAUUUGUAAUGUGACAUAUUUCUGAGUAAAACAGGAUAUUCUACUAGUAUGUGAAUUGAUUGGGUGGCGUAAAGUGUCUCUAUUAUGACAGGUGCUUGAAAUAUUAAAGGACUUGGUGAUGUCAUCUGAAGAGGAAAGUCGUUUCAGUGGUAAAAUCUUAAUGAGAGAUUAUGAAGACAAAAGUUUCUCUCUGUAGAAUAACAUGCUCUGAUGAAUCGUCCACAUUAAGACCAGGAACAUACAGUUUAUUAAGAGUUUUUGUUUCAUGUU